UUGUAGUGGAUCAACUUCAAGCCUCAAGCUCCAGUCUCUCGUAGAUCAAGACGUUCUUCGCUCGAGGUCGUGUGUAGCAAAAUGGCCGUUCGACCAAAGUGAGUGUGACGUUUCGCGAGGUGAUUGUAUCGUUAUUUCGUGUGGUUUCUAUGAAUAUUCGUUCAUGUGACAUAGUGUCAUUGUGCUUCCUGUGUAUACCCGCAGGUCCGCCAGGAAAAACCUUCUAUACGACAAGAGGAGAACAUACACGGAGGAUGGACAAUCAAUUUGAAAUAUAGGUUCACAAAGGUUACUGCGGGAGUUGCGAUGCCAACGUACCACAAUGCGGGUGGCGGAUACCCGAAUGUGUCAGCGCCAGCGCGGCAAGCGAAGCUCGACGGCAACCAGAAUCACCAUACGAUCCCCUCAAACGUAACGUCCCAUCCCCUACUACAGAACAGCACGCAACACAACGUUCCUUCCAACUUGUCUGCAAGCAACAUUCCGUCCCAUCCACCAGUAUCACCGACAAUGACUACGCAUUCGAACGUCACCGCUCCAAAUCUAACCAGUCACAUGAACACUGGAUCACCGCCGGUGAUCCUCACCACGAACACCACAAAUCCUAGCAAUCCCACCGCGUUAGCGGUGAAUCCGAGACACGAGGUCAAACUGAACGCCAUGCCAUGGUUUCACGGGAAGAUAUCGCGGGAAACUGCGGAGAGAUUGCUGCGGCCGCGGGAGGACGGCCUGUUCCUGGUCCGGGAGUCGACGAACUUCCCCGGCGAUUAUACGCUGUGCGUGUGCUACCAGGGCAGGGUGCAGCAUUACCGGGUGAAGUACAAGAACAACCAGCUUACCCUCGACGACGAGGAGUUCUUCGAGAACCUGGCGUUGCUGGUCGAGCACUACGAGCAGGACGCGGACGGGUUGUGCACGCAGCUGACCAAGUCGCUGCCGAAGCAAGGCAAGCAGGACUUCUGCGUGGACCCUAAGGCGUUCAUGGAGGCCGGCUGGGUGAUCCAGACCCACGAGCUCGAGCUGAGGGAGUGUAUCGGCAAGGGUGAGUUCGGCGACGUAUUGCUGGGCGUCUAUCGGGGGGAGAGGGUCGCCGUCAAGAUGCUGAAGGACAACAGCGAGGCGGCGCAGAGGUUUCUAGCCGAGGCCAGCCUGAUGACUUCGUUGAUCCACGACAACCUGGUCAAGCUGCUCGGACUCGUCUUCAACAAUCAACACAUGUACCUGGUUACGGAGUAUAUGAGCAAAGGAUCCCUGGUGGAUUACCUGAGAUCACGGGGUAGAUUGCACGUUUCCAAAAAGGAUCAGAUCAACUUCGCGUAUGACACGUGUGCUGGCAUGGCGUAUUUAGAGUCCAGACACGUAGUGCACAGAGAUCUGGCCGCGAGAAACGUUCUUGUCGCGGAGGACAACUCCGCGAAAGUGUCCGACUUCGGGCUGGCACGGGACGAGAACUUUUCCCUAGAGGGCGGCAAGCUACCUAUCAAAUGGACUGCACCAGAGGCUUUAAAGCAGAAUAAGUUUUCAAAUAAGUCUGAUAUGUGGAGUUUCGGAAUACUCUUGUGGGAGAUCUAUUCCUUUGGGCGUGUACCAUACCCACGAAUUCCAUUGGCGGACGUUGUAAAAUGCGUGGAGAAAGGAUACAAAAUGGAGCAACCGGACGGUUGUCCGCACGAGGUCUACGACAUUAUGAGACAAGCAUGGGACUUACAGCCUGAAAAGCGACCGACUUUUUACGAUAUAAAAAUAGUGUUGGGUCAACUGAAAGCCGAGUACACCAAAGGUGUGAAUUAAAAGGAGACGCCACUUAUUUUUAGUAGGCUCGAUCUAAAAAAGACAGGAAACACGAAAUUAGCAUUCCCAGGGUCGACAUUUCGUUGGAAUCAGGGGCGGAGAGGAGGGGGUAGUGCCUCUAAAUGAUUCUCCCCAGAGAAUGCAACGUGUGUGUUUUCUUUCAUUGUACAUUUUUCUUUCUCUUUCAUUGUACAAAAUAGUAUCCACGUCGCUUGUAUUUAUUGUUAUCUUUAAUCUUCUAUGGAUAGAGCCUGUUUGAGUUUUUUUGUUUGUUUGUUUUUUUUUGUAUGAGAAUAUUCUGCGUACACAUUCACCUGCGUCAAUCGUGCCUUUGGCCAAGUUUGAGAGGUUCACACGACGGGAUAAAAGAUGGAAUAAAGGAAUUUUAACUUGUACUUCAGGUAGUACUUAGAAGGAGAGCUCGGAGUUGGAUGAAUUCUUUGACUAUGAAAUACUUACCUAUUACUUAAAUCCUUUUUAUAGUCACGUUUUCUCUCGAGAGCUACGUGGACUUCCGAAAUGGGCUUUUUUGUCGUUCUCACGGCCCUUGAAAUCUUUCCGGGUGUAUGAAGCGCCUUACAUUGAACUGAAUUUAAACAGAUAGAUAAACAGAAACGGUCGCUAUAUAAGCACCCACUUAUACAAUAAUCUUUUGAACUUAAACUCGUAAGGUUGGAUGUCGGAGAGAAAGAGAGAGAGAGAGAGAGAGAGUUUUUUUUUGUUACGUAACUGUAAAACCGGACGGAAAAUAGUUGGGGAUUAGAAGAUUUAUACCUAUGUGCGUGGUUUGAGAGAUUUUUCCCUUUGUUUUGAGGAACGCUGCAGCAAGCUGUAUAUUACAUGUUAGUCGUGUAAGUUCUUUAAUCAAAGAUUCGUCAUAGUGAAGUAUUAAUUUUUAAAACUAAAUUAUUGCAGCCAAGGUACACAUGGAUUGUUUAAGUUAACCCUGCGAGAUAUAUAAAUAUAUUAUAUAUAUAUAUAUAUAUAUAUAUAUAUAUAGUAGUGUAAAUGUAUCUGUAAAUAGUUUUGUACAUAUCCGAUUAUCGAGAAAAGAAUUAAUAUUUCGAAUACGGUUGAUUUUGGUUAGGAAAUUUAAUAUCGUGGAUUGUUCAUAAUUCUUUUUUUUUAUUCUAGUUCGUAAGGUAAUGAUUGAUUUACGCCGCGAUAUCGAAUUGUCCAUGCGCAAUCGCACCAAUGUAACGCAACAUAAUGCCACAAAACAGUAAAGAAACUCAUAUGGAAUAUUAUAUAUGCACAGGGUGGUCCGUGUGAAGUGUUACAAGUGUUUUGAUGGAAACUAUAGCAGAUAUGAACUAAUAUCUUUUUAAGGUUCAAGGUUAUAUUAUUUUCUAUAUCUGUGAGAAUUGCUUUUGAAAAACUGAAUAACAUAUUUAAUUCAACCAUUUUUCGUUAUUUUGCCUAACUAAAGAGUUAAAAUUAGACUACCGGUUUUAUGUAUUUAUAAAAUGAGUAGGUGAAAUAUAAAACAGUACAAAUAUUACAAGAAUUGAAGAAUAUUAUAAUGUUAUGCUCAAUUUACGCAAAUUAAGGAAAGACGAAAUAAAGUUUUAUUUCAUUCCAGUAUCUUGCAACUGAUGCAGAAAAUGUUUAUUUUGCAUACAGGUCUUGUUAUGACAAAAGACAAAUUGUAACGUAAAAAGAUAUUAGUCGAUGCUGUUGUAGUUCUAAGGAGACGGUUUCUAACACUUCACGCGGACCAUCUUGCACAUCUACUAGAAAUAAUUAAAAGAAUCGUAGACUUUCGUGUUAUUCUAUCUCUUUCUUCUGUAAUAUAGGAUCCCAUGACUUAUUUAAUACUUUUUCCAACAGUUAUUAAAGGACUAAGAAUAUUUAUUCAUAGAGGGUAGGCGGAUUUCGACGAAUUAGAGGAGAGAAAGUGUGGGAAAGUGUGAAAGAGAAAGAUAUAGAGGUAAAAAUACUCUAAGCAUAAAGUAUCCUGGAUUAUCAGAUGAUUAUAAAUUGGUAUCAUAUCGGUAUAAAGUUUCUCGCUUUAAGCACAAAAGUUUCUUGUGAACGGGACGUCUGUAAUACUUUUUGUCAGAGUCGUAUACACUCGGAGACUUGUUGUUAGAAAAUUAAAUGAAGAAGAUGAAGAAGAAGAAGAUGAAGAAAAAAAAGAAAAAACAAGGCAAUGUACUCAGUUCCUCGCAUUUGUUAAUUGUUUUGCAAUAGCAUCUGGAAGAAGGAUCGUCGCGACUGAAUAAGCUUCGUAACGAUAAUAUUAAUUGCUAAGCAACUCUGUCACGUGUGAGAGAGAGCAUGUUUAUAGUCUGGUUAACAUCAAUCGACGACUCAUGGCCGUGUUUCCCGCCACGGAAACUGACAGACUUUCGCUAUUGUAAUGCAUUUAAGAAUAAUAAAAUUUGCGAUAGAGAUAUGCGAAUAACAAACAGGACAGACUUUUUAGCACAAUCAAAUUUAUACCUUAGAGAUAAUUGAGAAACUAAUUAAAUACAUUAAGAUUCGAAAAAUAUCUGUUCAGAAAACUACCUUUGACAAAAUGUAUUCGUGCAAACAAAUCUAGAACAAUCUCAGAGUUUAUUUUUUAAGAAUUAUAAUUAAUUAAUGAUGUAUGCCGUUUGUAGAAAAUUUUAUUCGACAACAAGUGAAACUAUGAAUUUAUUAAGCUUUCGUUAGGAUCGUACUUAACAUCCGCGUAUAUUCUGUAAGUGCUUAAUAUAAUAUGUUGUUUCAGCGUAAAUAAUAGCAAAAUUAAUUACAAUUUGAGAAAAGGUUCAUUCAAUAUCGAGCGUUUAGGAAAUUCUUUUAAUAUUUUGUCGUAUUGCUUAAAAUCUUCUAUAAUCUUUGUUUGGUAAACGGACAAAAGUAUUACGUUUAUUAUAAAUAUUAUCUUAAAUAUAAGUAGUUCUUUCAUCGUUUUUCUCUAAUAUGUAUAUACAAUUUUUUUCUACUCAAUUCUAUAUUCACAAUUCUGGUAAAAUAUUUUCUAUGACCACUGAUUGUGCUAAAAUGGGCACACCUUUAAAGAACAGGGAAGACGGUUUCGCAAUUGGCCCUGAGCGACAGAUUGACCUUAACUCGACUAUAGUUUGAAAGUAGUAGGUAGUCGUAUUAAGCGUGUAGCGUAUUUAUAAACGUGCAGUCCAUUUAUAACUUCGAUGACAUGUAACAUAAUGUAUAUGGCUCUAAUCAGUACCUAACGUUCCCGAA